CCUUAACACCUGAUGGUGCUGUAUUAAGGUAGGAACAGCAGCACUCACCUGCCUCACUAUCACAUGACCUAAAAUAGAGUCCAACAGCUCUGAGCAAGUACUGGCUUCUCCUGCUUCGAGAGAAAGUCCUGCCAAAAUCAUAGUCUUAAGGAUUGUUGUCGUGAUUCCUGAGCACUUGAAAACGUCCUGAAGGAAUAUCCAGCACGUUUUACCCCUACUGGAUUUCAUUUUUGCUUUGUCCAGCAAUAAAAAAUGUCCCUGAAACCUCUUCACCCAUGGAGCACUGGGGAAGCCUAAAGUUAGAGAGAUUGCAGCUGAACAUAGCAAUGGCAUCAGAAAGACCUGCUAGCACUGUCAGAGUCGGCUGUGAGGUCAACUGACAACGACACAGCAGAAUCAGAACUUUCAGCACCCUGAGCAAAUAAUAAACAAAUGUUUCCAACAAGAGACUGUCUCUGGGCCCAAAUGUAUCAGUCAGCAGGCCUGGCCGGGCCCAGCACUCAGGAAAAGGACUAAGAACACAAUGGAGUGAAAUAAGAGGGAUACUGCUGGUUUGUUGGGUGCAGGAGGAAGUUGGCAGGGAUCCAUAGUUAUUUGCAAUAUAUAGAGGAUAAGAAUAUUUGUAGGACUUUUUUUGAAGAAAAAAAAAAAGGAUAAUUUUGCCUGGAGGAAGCUGGUGGCUUCUGAAAGUAGAGAGGCAGACCCGAGCACGGUUCCUGUUUUCAGUCUGGGCUGAGUCCCUUCUAUUGGCCCUCUUUUGUCCCUCUCUGAGGUUUGUGAAGACCCCUGACAAGGAGACACUUUGAAUGCCCUGAGGCAGCUACCUUUAAUUUCACUUCUAACCGGAGAUCUAAGAAGAUGGGCAGCAGUUUGACGCUGGUUGGGGCCCUCUGGGCUUUCCUAUCCUUUCUCACAGCAGUUGCCAGCUCGGCCAGUUAUUUUGUGCCCUGUUGGCUCUUUGGUUCCCAGCUGGGGAAGCCAGUUUCAUUUGGCACCUUCCGACGGUGCACGUACCCAGCUCGGACGGAGGAGAGGCACCUGGUGAUGGUGGAAGAAUGUGGGAGGUAUGCCAGUUUUGGGGCUAUCCCCAGCUUAUCCUGGCAGAUCUGCACCGUGGUGACCGGAAUUGGCUGUGCCUUGCUGCUCCUGGUGGCGUUAGCAGCCAUCCUGGGUUGCUGCGUGGAAGAGCUCAUCUCUCGGAUGAUGGGACGCUUCAUGGGGGCAGCCCAGUUUGUAGGAGGGCUGUUGAUAAGCUCAGGCUGUGCUUUGUACCCCUUAGGAUGGAACAGCCCAGAAAUACAGCAGACAUGUGGGAAUGCCUCCAAGCAAUUUCAGUUAGGAACCUGCAGACUUGGCUGGGCAUAUUACUGCAUGGGAGGUGGGGCGGCUGCAGCCAUGCUGAUCUGUACCUGGCUCUCAUGCUUCGCUGGAAAACAUCCCAGACCUGUCAUGUUAGUGAAGAGCAUCAUGCAGAGUGCAAAUCCGUAUGGAGUGGAGCUCGAGUGCUGCCUUAAACAAUGAGCUUUCCCGGAUACUCUCCUAAAAAAGAAGGAGGAGUGCUGGCCACAUGGUCCAAACUUCUCUGACUGAUACACAUGAACCCCCACUUUUCUGUCGACAGCAGGGGCCAAAGACUGCUCCCAACUACUGUUGCGUAUCUGGGCUAACAACAUUCAGGUGGGGGUCACUCUAGAUUUACACUGGUGUAACUGAGAGUACAACUUGGCUACAAUGAUCAUAGAAACAAUUACAGUCUCCUUGUGGACCAGGCGCUAAGAACAAGAGGCCAAUUUCCUCUGCAUCGUGAAUCCCUUGAAAUCAGGGGAUGAAUUUGGUCCAAGGAAAAUAAGAAUUCAUUUCAUGCAUUCUCUGAAUAUAAGAUACAUCUCCAUUAAUAAUAAUACAUAACUCUUAUCUAGCAUUUUUCCUCAGUAGAUCUCAAAGCGUUUUACCGAUGA